GUGGCACCUGUCAGCGAGGGGGCUGCAGCAGCAGAAGACAUUGCAGCUCUAGCAGCAGGAGCUGGUGAUGGCACUGCUACCACUGAGCAGGAGGGUGUUGCUGAAGGUGACAGACCUCAGGGAGAAGAAAAGGAGGUUGAUGUCUCUCAGGAAAAGGUGGGCAGCAUCCCUUCAGUAGUCAUAGAACCAGCAUCAAACAACGAGGGGGAGGGAGAAGAACACGACGUUAUCGUGAACGAGUCCAAAGAUGCCACAGCAGAUAUGGGCACUCAGGGCACUGACACGUCUCCCAGUGAAACUUUCCAGGCUGGAAGUGAACAGAAACCUGCUGAAGAAAUUCAGGCUGCACCUUCUCAAGAUGAGCCUGUUCCAGCAGAAGAUGCAGCUUCUGCUCUGCCACCCGGCUUUCUCUUUAAGGUUGAAGUUCUACAUGAUUUUGAGGCAGCUAAUAGUGAUGAGCUUAAUUUAAAACGAGGAGAUAUCGUCCUAGUAAUUCCUUCUGAGACCACAGCUGAUCAGGAGGCUGGCUGGUUGACAGGCAUUAAGGAAUCCGAGUGGCUUCAGUACAGAGAUGCAAAUAGCUAUAAAGGACUUUUCCCAGAGAACUUCACACGCCAUCUGGAGUAGUUCUCUCCCUGCUCAGGCAGACGAAUGGGGUACGAAGCUCAGUCAGUAGGUUUUUAACCUCUUUGAGACACAGGAGCCCACCUUUUUGUAGUUUGAGCUGUUAAUGGUUGACAGACUGGUGCCAGACAAAGCUUGUUGAAACAUAUCGACACGAGCGCGGGUGCAAACAGUUAAGCUAGAGAUUUCUGAAGCAGUACAUGGAAAAAAAAACUCAAAUAAAAAAGAAAUGUCCUUAUUUGUUCACACGUACGUGGCAACAGGUUUGUUUGUGCUUUGUCAGAGCUAUGGUGAUCCUGUAUUUGGUCCUUUCCCAUGAAAUCUGAAAUUAGCCUCCUCGAUACCAAAACCUUAACUUCUCUGCACUAAGUGUAUUGUAUUGAGUUGCACUGCAGAAGAUUUAAUUAGUUAUCCUGUAGUUAUGAGGUCAAACUAUUAUAAUUCAUGUGUUUUAAAAAAAAAAAAAAAUUAACUGCUGCAACGUUUUUCAAUGUUAUUUUUGGCCAUGUAUGAUAUAUAUACACAGGAGACCUGGUAUGUGUAUAUAUAAGUGCAUAUGGGUAUAUAUGCAUUUUCACCAGCCCAUGGUAGUUCUUUGGCUGUGUAGUAUCCUCAGUACACACAUUGCUCUUUCACUGUCUGGCAUUACAGGAAAUGGUUUUGUUCCCAGGCAAAACCAGCUGCUCCAUUGCCAAAACCUGAUACAGUGUCUGUGUUCGUAGUGUGGAAUUUUUCAUCCUGAGGUGAUGAAAUAACAUCAUGUUCAGAGCUGCUAACCCUUUGAGCAGGCAUGGCUCGGUCUCCUCCUCCAGCAGCUACGACCAGAUCAUCUGGAGAGGGAGCUGUUAUGAUGCUAAUCUGUACUUUUUUUUUUUUAUUUAAUUGGCUGAAUAAAUUUUAAAAAAAGAAGCAGAACUAAUCUCUGAGGAGAAAUAAACACAAUAUAUUUUCACUAUAUGUAUUUAUGCAGCAUUCCUUCACAGAUCCUUUUAAAAUAAGAUAUAUAAUGUAUCCUGUAUCAAAAAGUCAUCUGUAACUUAUGUUUUCCAGUGCUGUGUCAUUGAAAAUAAACCUUUGAUCCAAAGAA